UGGCGAGUCCCGGAGGCCAAGAAGGGAGUCGUUACCUCGGCUGUCGCAUCCUCGAGGGAGUCGUGCGGGUACCUCCUUACCCCCAAGCCCGCUGAUAGCCCCACAGGCUCCCGUGUGCUCCCCACUUCGCCAGCCGCUCACCACUCGCCUAGCGGACCGAGCGGGCCUCCGGCAUCAUGUGCGGUAUAUUUGCUUACUUAAACUACCAUGUCCCUCGCACAAGACGAGAAAUCUUGGAGACCCUAAUCAAAGGCCUUCAGAGACUGGAAUACAGAGGAUAUGAUUCUGCUGGUGUGGGAGUUGAUGGAGGCAAUGACAAAGACUGGGAAGCAAAUGCCUGCAAAAUCCAGCUCAUUAAGAAGAAAGGGAAAGUAAAAGCACUGGAUGAAGAAGUUCACAAACAACAGGAUAUGGAUUUGGAUAUAGAAUUUGAUGUACACCUUGGAAUAGCUCAUACCCGUUGGGCAACACACGGCGAACCCAAUCCUGUCAAUAGCCAUCCCCAGCGCUCUGAUAAAAAUAAUGAAUUUAUUGUUAUUCACAAUGGAAUCAUCACCAACUACAAAGACUUGAAAAAGUUUUUGGAAAGUAAAGGUUAUGACUUUGAAUCUGAAACAGACACAGAAACAAUUGCCAAGCUUGUUAAGUACAUGUAUGACAAUCGGGAAAGUCAAGAUACCAGUUUUACUACCUUGGUGGAGAGAGUUAUCCAACAAUUGGAAGGUGCUUUUGCACUUGUAUUUAAAAGUGUUCAUUUUCCUGGCCAAGCAGUUGUCACAAGACGAGGUAGCCCUCUGUUGAUUGGUGUACGAAGUGAACAUAAACUCUCUACUGAUCACAUUCCAAUACUCUACAGAACAGGCAAAGAUAAGAAAGGAAGCUGCAAUCUCUCUCGUGUGGACAGCACAACUUGCCUUUUCCCUGUUGAGGAAAAAGCGGUGGAAUAUUACUUUGCUUCUGAUGCAAGUGCUGUCAUAGAACACACCAAUCGCGUCAUCUUUCUUGAAGAUGAUGAUGUAGCAGCAGUGGUAGAUGGCCGUCUUUCUAUCCAUCGAAUUAAACGAACUGCAGGAGAUCACCCUGGAAGAGCUGUGCAAACCCUCCAGAUGGAACUCCAGCAGAUCAUGAAGGGCAACUUCAGUUCAUUUAUGCAGAAGGAAAUUUUUGAGCAGCCAGAGUCAGUUGUGAACACAAUGAGAGGAAGAGUCAACUUUGAUGACUAUACUGUGAAUUUGGGCGGUUUGAAGGAUCACAUUAAGGAGAUCCAGAGGUGCCGGCGCUUGAUUCUUAUUGCUUGUGGAACAAGUUAUCAUGCUGGUGUAGCAACACGUCAAGUUCUUGAAGAGCUGACUGAGUUGCCGGUUAUGGUGGAGCUAGCCAGUGAUUUCCUGGAUAGAAACACGCCAGUUUUUCGAGAUGAUGUUUGCUUUUUUAUUAGUCAGUCAGGUGAGACAGCAGAUACCCUGAUGGGUCUUCGGUACUGCAAGGAGAGAGGAGCUUUAACUGUGGGGAUCACCAACACUGUCGGCAGUUCCAUAUCAAGGGAGACAGACUGUGGAGUUCACAUUAAUGCUGGGCCCGAGAUUGGCGUGGCCAGCACAAAGGCUUACACCAGCCAGUUUGUAUCCCUUGUGAUGUUUGCCCUUAUGAUGUGUGAUGACAGGAUUUCCAUGCAAGAGAGACGCAAAGAGAUCAUGCUUGGACUGAAGCGGCUGCCUGAUUUGAUUAAAGAAGUACUGAGUAUAGAUGAUGAAAUUCAGAAACUGGCAACAGAACUUUAUCAUCAGAAGUCGGUCUUGAUAAUGGGGCGUGGCUAUCAUUAUGCUACUUGUCUUGAAGGGGCACUAAAAAUCAAAGAAAUCACUUACAUGCACUCUGAAGGCAUCCUCGCUGGUGAAUUGAAGCAUGGUCCUCUGGCUUUGGUGGAUAAGUUAAUGCCUGUCAUCAUGAUCAUUAUGAGAGAUCAUACUUAUGCCAAGUGUCAGAAUGCUCUUCAGCAGGUGGUUGCUAGGCAGGGACGCCCAGUGGUGAUUUGUGAUAAGGAAGAUACCGAGACCAUUAACAACACUAAAAGAACAAUCAAGGUUCCCCACUCAGUGGACUGCUUGCAAGGCAUUCUCAGUGUGAUCCCCUUACAGUUGCUGGCUUUCCACCUUGCUGUGCUGAGAGGCUAUGAUGUUGAUUUCCCCCGGAAUCUUGCCAAAUCGGUAACAGUAGAAUGAGGAGCAUCUGAAACUCUGGGCAAUUAAGCAACACAAGACACCUUUUGUAUUUAAAAUCUUGAUUUAAAAUAUCACUCCUUUAAGCUUUUUUUUUUUUUUUUUUUUGGUAAAUCCUUAUUUAUAUAUCAGUUAUAAUUCCACUAAAUUUGUGCUUUUUGUGAAAUUACCUCAUAUUUUUCCAGUAAUUUGUGGGGAAGUUUGAAAAAUGGAAUCAUUAUCAGAAACAGUUAGCUUUCAUUUUCUUUUUUUUAAUCAUCACCUGAGGAUCUUUUAUCCAUUGAUUUUUAGAAGGAGGGAGAGAAGGAGGGAGAAGGAGAGAGGAUGGAAGAGAGAGAGAAAAAAAAACAUCAAUGUGAGACAGACACACAUUGAUGGGUUGUUUCCCAUACAUGUCCCGACCAGGGUGGGGAUCAAACCUGUAACCCAGGUACGUGCCCUUAACUGGGAGUCAAACCUCUGACCCUUUGGUCCUUGGGCUGACAUUCUAAUCACUGAGCCAAACUGGCCAGGGCUAGCUUUCAUUUUCUUUAAAAGAAGCUGGUAACCCAGGUACGUGCCCUUAACCGGGAGUCAAACCUCUGACCCUUUGGUCCUUGGGCUGACAUUCUAAUCACUGAGCCAAACUGGCCAGGGCUAGCUUUCAUUUUCUUUAAAAGAUGCUGGGUGUUGGAUUUCUGGACUCUGCUUCAAUCUGAGAGGAUUGUGUAUUUUAAAAGUAAUUGGCAUUUGUUUUACCAUGCUUUUAUUCAUUCAGACCAAUGAAAGAGUAGUGCAUUUAUUAGAAGAUCUAAAGCCAGUGGCAAUGUAUUUGGACAUUUGAUUACGGUUUUGCUAAGUUAUAUAUAAAGACAAGAUGCUAUGAUUUAUUUUGAAAUUUGUUAGUGUACUUAAAAAGAAAAAACUUUUCUUGGUGGGAUUUCUACCUAAGUUAAGUUGAUCUUAGUCUCUCACAUUUAUUGUUUGUUAUCUAUAGGUCAGGGUAGUUUAGGAAGCUAAAUAGUAUCGUAGUGCAUUGGUUUUCUCCAGCCCUUAACAGAAAAUAUUUGUAUAAUUUCAUAGCACAAACUAAAUUUGAGCUGCUUUGGACAGCUAACAAUAUAAUUUUAAAUUUGAAGAUGGAAUAUAUAUUUAUUGGAUUUCCGACUCUGUUUUUUCAUCUCUUAAAAAAUGGUUUUUAUUUUCUUGUAUCUGUAGUUUUUUAAUCACAGCUGAAUGACAUAUUUUAUCUUGUUCUUUGAAGUCACCACACAGAGUUGUCAUCAAAUGUCUCAAAUUAAAUCAGUAUUGAUAUAUUCAGAAUUUGCUUCAACUUUGUCCCAAAGAAUUUCCUGCAAUUAAUUUAAAGUCCCUUCACUACCUUCUGUAAAACUAGUACCUUCCUGCGAGUCUGGAAGCUCUUUGCAAUAGUUUGGAAAAUUUGCAAGUCUAUUGACUAAUCAUUUGACUCUAUAUGGUGGGCUAUGCUUAGAAAAAACUAUGUGCUUUACACUGAAAUUAAUGAAGGAUUGCGUCAAAUUCAGUACAAGCAAACCUUGGGAAUAUGGCGGGUUUGGUUCCUGACCACCGUAAUAAAGCCAGGAUUGCAGUAGGCGAGUCGUAAUCCUUUUGCUGGUUGAGGGUCUGGCCUUCAGUUUGUAAAAAACAUAACAUCUGUGAGCACAAUAAAGUGAAGCACAAAAAAGAGGUGCCUGUAUUAUUGCCUGGGGAUUGUUCUCUCUGCACUUUUUGUGUUCUGCCCCUUCAGUUCAUUUAGGAAUGAAGAAGAUGUAAAUACAUUGGUGUUGAGGUGAGUUUAGCUGCUUAGUGCCAGAAAUGGAACUUAACAAUUUAGAUUAAAAUAUUUAGAGUAGACUAUGAGUUUGAUACUGAAAAAGUUGUAAUUUCUUCACGGAGCUUUUUUGGCCACAUCUUGGGGAUUUUAUAGCAAAGGGUAUUUAUGUUUUGGUUAAGUCCUCUUUCAAAAGUUUUCACUUUAAAAUUGUGAAGGUAAGAUAUUUAGCAAAUUAUGUAAGCCCAGUCUAUUCCUUUCUCUGUUUUUGAACUUCUUGAUGAGAUGAAGAUUUUCUGCAAGAGAAGCAUAGAAUUCUGCAAGAGAAGCAUAGAAUUCUGCUUGUGUAUCAUAGAAAGGGCAUGUGCCCUGACUGGGAAUCGAACCUGGGACCUCUUGGUAAUGCUCAACCACUGAGCAACACCAGCCAGGCCAUAAGCCCUUUUCAGGCCUGGAGUUGUGUAGCAUUUAACACAGGGCCCAGGAAAUGAUAGUUACUUCAGAGUCAGCUUUUUGAUCUUUCUUUAAUCACUUAUGCCAUAGGAAUAAAUGAGAAGAGAGAAAUAAUAUUAACUGAUUUUAGUUUGUUAUAACUAUGUCAACAGCCUGUUAUGGGCAAGUCACUAUGCUAGGAACUGAAAGGUGCAUCUUAAAAGCAAAGCCCAUUUGUCUCCAGGUAGGCUCAUCACAAGUGAAGACUGGGGUCAUUGAAAGGGUAAGAGAGUACCCUUAAUGUUAAGUGCUAUAAGUGGAUUUCACUUAAAUCAUGAUCCAAGUUUUGGGGUAUAUCAUGCUCAGAAGAGGUGAAGUGCAUUUUGUAGAGUAAGCUGUUACCACAGGCUAUAUGUAGAUCCUUGUAUCUGCGGUUCACUAAGGAACAGCUCUCAUUAAAUGCAAAGGUGAAAAACAAGCAUCAGUACUACUAAAAGGGAACUGACACAGGGUAAUGUGCAGAAGGGGCUGUUGGGCAAGGGAGCUAAUACAGAUUUUCUUUCUUUAGUUUUUUAGAAAAUUGCUUCUGAGAUGGUAUUGUCUUAUCCUUUUGAACACAUACAGGUCCCUUGGCCUGAGUUAAUUAUGCAGAUGGAAGGAAAGGAGCCUUUUUCUUGGUUCCUUGGUGAUGUUCCUUUGAUUCUUCUGUUAACUCUUAAAGGGAGGAAAACCAGCUGAAAGUUUGCUUUAACAAACAUUUUAAGAAAUCCUUUGGGGUUAGUUUUUUCUCUUAUUUUUUAAAUUAGAAUAUGCUAUAACAAUAAAAGGGAAACACUAAUGUUAAUUAUGGUAUGAUACAACCUAAGUGAUUUUUCUGAAAAAGUACAAUGUCAUUGAAAAGUGUUUAUUUCAAAAGAAUUCAUAGUUCCCAUUGAAUUUGUGAAGGCCAAAGAAAUUGAAGGAAAUGGUCAGUAAAGAAAGAUAUUGUAGUCUUAUAUCCACACAUUUUGUAGAUUUUUCUAUACCAGGAUAUUAGAUAGACUGUUUUACCCAUAGAAGCAUAUUUCAUGGUGGGGGUGGCCGGGGGGAGGUCAAUGGGGAAAAAGGAGACAUAUGUAAUACUAUAUGUAAAACUUUAAACAAUAAAAAAGCAUAUUUCAGACUGCUUAGUUUUUAGUGUUAGAAUCGAAUUUGGAAGUUAUAACCCUUAAAUCAUUUUUCUCCCACAAUAUUUAAAUAUUGUUAAUAUAUCAGUAUUUCCUUGGCUUUAUUAAUUUAACCACAUCUUCAGAUCUGUGACAUGGUAACCAAUAGGACUGAUAAUAAUUAGAUUUGAGCCAAUAAUAUCCAGGCUUAAAAUAAAAUCCUAAAUAGCAAGAUGGUAAAGUUAUAACAUAUUAAUUUGUAGGUCUAUAAUAGGCUGAUAUAAGUGUUAGGGAAUAUACCAUAAAUAAUGGCUAGUGAAAACAUUUUAGGAAAUUCUUGAAUUACCUUUCUUACCAUACUAGUUUUCAGAAUGAAUAUAGAAAUGAUCCUGUUAGCUUUUUAAAUGUUAUGUGAUUGAAAUUUUUUUGUUUAAAUAAAACUUUUUGUAUUUGUUUAUAUUGCUCAUGAGCUGGAAAUUUUAGAAUCAUCCUUGCUGGUUUAGUUUCUGUUCUUUAAAAUGAAUGUUUAGUUAACUGAGCCAUUUGGUCAUUUCUUCCUCAUGCCUUGUAAGUCCAGUCAUUCUAAUCCUGAACUGUGAAUAAAUUACUAAAACUUUCUGAGAAUUGCAUUUUGAAGCAAUUUGCUAAUAUUUGAAAUGCAUACAUGUUUGUAAUUGUGUCAAAGAUUGUAUUGUACUAAGAAUGUAGCCAAUGUUUACUUGAAUUGUUAGUAAACAUUUCUGAUGUUAAAAGUUUAUUCGUUAUUGUUGCUUUUAGAAAGAAGACAUGAUUGCAUUUAAUAUAAUCAAAAGUGACAUGUCUCCGCUCCAACUUCACAGGUGUUUUAGAAAGGCUCUACUCUUCUGAUGUCAUACUGCAUGCAUGUACUUUCUCAAGUCUUAAAAAUUUUUUUUGUAAUAAUGUGUUGUUUCUAGCAAAUUGCCAGGGUACACAGUGAUCAGUAACUUUAAGUUAAUUGGUAGUUGCAAACGAAGGAUAUUUAGAAUGGGUGAGUAGCAAGACAGCAUGCCCAGUUGACUCUUGAACAACACGGGUUUGGGCUGAAUUGCAGAUUUUUUUUAAUAGACUAUAAAUGUAUUUUCUCUUCCUUAUGAUUAUCUUCAUAACAUUUUCUUUUCUCUAGAUUCCUUUAUUAUAAGAUAGUAUGUAAUACAUAAAACAUACAAAGUUUGUGUUAAUCAACUUUAUGUUACUAGUAAAACUUCUGGUCAACAGUAAUUAUUGCGUUUUUUGGGAAUCAGAAGUUACAUGUGGCUUUUUGACUGGGGUGGAGGGAAUUAGCACUCCUUCCCCCCAUGUUGUUCAAGGGUCAAUUGUACUCCAAAUUUAAAGUUUCUGUAGAUCUGGCAAUUUGUUAAUCAUAGAACAAAGAUUCCUUUUAUAGGAUCCUAUUAUAAACAGCAAGCCAUAAUCUCUGUCUUUAGUGCUCACAGCACUUGCUGUGUUUUGCAGAAUACCGGUAUACCAGGGUGGUUUGAAUGAAUAGAUGUGCUGUUUUGCCUGCCCAGAGAAUUGAGCCCAGUCUCUUGUCUCUUUCACUCUGUGUUGCUCUGUAGCAAAACGUAGAGCUGCCACCCAGCUGGGAUCAUUUUUUCCACAGGACACAUUUUUGACAUAAAAUUCAGCUUUACUUCUAAGUGAGUAAUUGUCUUUAAAUCCUCCUCAAUUGGCUGUCAGUAAACUGCGUGCUUAUUAAAGGCCAAGAAACAAUUUCCCUGAGUUAAGAGGCCACUUUUCAUUGGAGUGGCAUUUAGGGAAAAACAAAUUCUUUCAUUUUUUUGGAUGAAGGAACGAAGUUCUUAUUGAGUUUCAUAAAUCCAAAGGUAAAUAGUUCUCCCUCACUUAACAAGCAUCCCGGAGCUAUAAACUAAUCUUAUAGUAAUAUCAGAGGAGAUGCCAGGUGAUAGGUCAUUUACCUAGACUCAUUCCCUGGAAAUAUAUAUGUAACGAGAUAAAUUCAUUUUUAUCUUUUUGCUUAGCAUGUAUACAAGAGAUUAUUUUAAGACUGAAAAAACAUUUGUGAACUUCAUAUUAACAUGAUUCAUUGACUCAAGUUCCAGGGGUCACUAAUUUUCUCAUAGAGGAUGCUGUUACGUAGCCAUAUUUUUCUUUUUAUGUUUCAAGAGGUUUUUAAAUGUGUAGGUGUGUAAUUGAAAACUGGAAUCAAGAAUGGAGCUUAUAAACAGUGGAGAAAUGCUCUAUGGAUAGGAUUAUAGUUAUUUUCUUUCCAUUCAUUUAUCAGUCUGCCUGUCUAUAUGUUUAUAUAAAAUUAAAAAGACUUUACACCUGUUAGGAUGAAAGCAA